AUGAACGGCUACACGACCGGACAAGGUCGAAGAAUACACAACUCCCGAGGCAAGCGACUACCAGACGCCAACGCUGGUGCAGACAACUUCCCGGCAGGAGCGUACAUCGUAUACAAGUCGGCCAUAUUGCCGAUCAGGCCCAAGUCCAUUGGCGCCGACCCAUCUCCCGCCUAUGAUAACUCCUCCGACUCUGUCGAUCCCAUUAUAGAGGAACAGACCGGACCCGAACUUGUGUCCCGCUUGCGUACGGCUGAACUAUUCGAAGGUGGAGGUGGAGGCGGAGGUGAAGAUAGACGGCUAGGGGAUAGUGUGGAGGUGCCUCCGGAACACUGCGGCCUUGGACGAAGAAGCUGGACACAUCUCCACCAAGCCUCGAAGGAAGAAAGCGGCAAAGGCAGAGAGUCUAGGUCUUCCGCUUGUGCAAAAGGAACAUUGCCCCGGAAGGUCUAG